CACAAGUAUGCAUGUGUGUAAAGCAAGCCCUUGCUUCACUUCUGUCUAGUCAGAGUCUGUGUACAGCCAGGCGUUCUACCAUGCCUGUCCCCCCACCCUUCAAUCCCCGCAGACAAAAACACCUACCCCACACACACCACCCCGAAGACAGAGCAGAAGGCUCCGACUUCCCCUCCCUCUUCCCUUUGCCCAGUCUGUCCGUCUCUCUUCUGUCCCCUCUUUUUGUUUCAUCUCUGUCAACUUCAUCCCAUCUCAUCCACUGCGCCUGUCCCAGGACUGCAAAGAGAACCCUUCCGGACUCUGUCCCUUUCCCGAUCUUUCACUGGCUGACUUUGGUCACAUGCUGCCUGCUUCCUUCUCUAAUUGGAGCAGGGGAGACGUGGGGUGUGGUCUCGGCCUGUCCUUUCCACUGCGUGUGUCGAAACCUUUCGGAGUCACUGAGCACGCUCUGUGCCGACAAAGGCCUCCUGUUCGUCCCACCGCAUGUUGACCGGCGGACAGUUGAGCUGCGACUGGCUGAUAACUUUAUAACAGAAGUGGGCGGAAAUGACUUUGUCAACAUGACCGGAUUGGUUGAUCUGACACUGUCAAGGAACACCAUCCACCUUAUUAGACCAAUGGCCUUCGCUGACCUGGAGAGUCUGCGCUCUCUGCAUCUGGAUGGUAAUCGCUUGACAAUACUCGGACCCAGAGACCUUGCAGGUUUGGUCAAUCUGCAGCACCUGAUUGUCAACAACAACCAGCUGAUCAAGGUCUCAGUGCAGGCUUUUGAUGACUUCUUGCUCACACUGGAAGACCUCGACUUAUCUUACAAUAACCUCAGGAGGGUACCAUGGGAGUCCAUUCAGAACAUGGCAAGUCUGCACACACUGAACCUGGACCAUAACCUGAUAGAUCACAUAGCGGAAGGAGUCUUUGGAGAGCUGUAUAAGCUUGCAAGGCUGGAUAUGACCUCCAACAGGCUCCGAACCCUGCCUCCUGAUCCUCUCUUUGCAAGGUCUCAGACAGGUGCAAUAAGUCCUACCCCAUACAAUGCUGUCAUAAGCCUAAAUUUUGGAGGGAACCCACUGCACUGCAAUUGUGAACUGCUAUGGUUAAGGCGCCUCAUCCGUGGAGAUGACAUGGAGACGUGUGCCACUCCUGCUCACCUGGCUGGAAGAUAUUUCUGGUCAAUUCCUGAGGAGGAGUUCACAUGUGAACCACCUCUCAUCACUCGCCACACGCACAAGCUGUGGGUGCUGGAGGGCCAGCGAGCCACGCUAAAGUGCCGUGCCAUUGGUGACCCCGAGCCAGUAGUCCACUGGGUUUCACCAGAUGAUCGCAUCAUCGCAAACUCAUCCCGGACAAGCUCCUUUAGCAACGGGACCUUGGAUAUCUUGGUAACAGUAGCCCGUGACGAUGGGGCAUAUACAUGUAUUGCAAUAAACGCAGCAGGUGAAGCAACUGCCACUGUGGAUCUCAAAAUAAUCCCCCUGCCUCACCGGGGUGGAGUAGGUGGAAACGCUGGGAGCAACAGUGUUAACACCAAGAACAACAGGAAUGUGACCAAUGGAAUUUUACGGACCGAUCCGGGCUCGUCGGAUAUUAGCACGGCCAAAAAUGGAGGGAUUAACAAUGGUGCAGGACGUGGAGGAGAGGGAGAGGAUGGGAAAAGAGUUGGAGGGGAUGACGAAGAGGGUGACGGCGGUAGGGCAUCUGAAGGAGAGAGGACUGAUGGAGGAAACAUGGAGGAAGAAGAGGAGGACGAAGAGGAAGGAAGGAUGAUUGGAGUACAGGGAGUAACAUCGACAUCGGCUCAGGUCCGAUGGGAUUUGGGGCGUUUGUCUGGAGCUUAUGUUGUCUGGAUGUAUCAGAUACAGUACAACUGCACCGCAGAUGAGACGCUCAUUUACAGAAUCUUACCGUCAACCAGUGAUCGAUUCCUGCUGAAGAACCUGGUUUCUGGUGUGGACUACAAUCUGUGCGUGUUGGCCAUUUUUGAUGACACAAUCACAUCUUUAGCUGCGACAAAAGUUCUGGGCUGCACAACCUUCUCCACCAAGGAUGUUUACCCUGCAUGUCGCUCUCUGCAAGCCCACUUUCUGGGCGGGACACUCACCAUACUGGUUGGCGGUGUUGUUGUGGUCACUCUACUUGUGUUUACUGUGGCACUCAUGGUUCGCCACCGUGUUUGCAAUCACGGGGACCAUAUAAUGUGUCACAGCAGCAAUACCGAGGCAGGAGGCGGGGCCUGCUGUCAAGGGAGUGUAGGAGGUGGGGACAAAGGAGGAAACGGUAGCGGAUGCUACCAAUCCAAUGGUUCUGGAGACAUGAUGAUGGUGGUCCUGCCCAAUGGUCUGCCUUCUAAGAGGGGAGGAGGAGGAGGAGAGAAGGACAAUGAAAAGGAAAAAGAGGCCGAUUCAGCCUCUCCUGUGCCUCCAAAACUGCCUCCUAAGCCCAGGCCCAAACCUAAAGUCAACCUGGAGCAGUUUCUUUCAGCUGGAGGCGUGGUUUCCACAACGACAGGGGCAGGAAGUGAGAUGGCACUGGUGGUGAGACAGCGAAAGUUGGACAAGGCACCACCGUACACCUCAGAAAGUGACAGAACGCCCCUCUACUACUCCCCUUCUCCCCCUUCAACCCUUCCCCGUCAGUCGCGUCAGAGGGAGCGCCCAAAGCCCCGGCUGGAGCGAGAGCUGACCAAUCGUGCUAGUUUUUCUCUCGCGGCGCCCCUGAGAGACUCGGAGCUGUUGGACUGGAGAGUCACACCCAGAGGCAGGGACAAAUGGAACUCCUCACAGGCUUAUCAGAGCCCCGUUUCCCCUCUAAGCCCUGCCUGUGGAACAGUUAGCAAACGGAGGCACUCACUCGAUAUGGGCUCCUCGGUCGCGCUAGCGACUGAUGCCGCAGCGAGUGUCGCCAGGCGCUACGGUGCUGUCAGUUAUGCCAAGCGGCUAAGCGUCAUCUGGACGAGGCGGAGCCAGUCGCUGCAUGGAAUGCUGGUGCAGUGCGCUUCGACAGCGAGCACAGCUUCGUCGACCACGAGCGACGAGUGCGAAAACAGCGGCGGGUUCGGGGGUCACUGUGAUUUCCAAAGGGGAUAUAUUCAUGCUUAUAACGCCACCAAUUCCAACUCUAACACUGGGAUUACUCCCGGGAAAGCAAAUAAUGGAAAAGACAGGAGUAGGGAAAAAGCAAAGGAUGGAAAGAGUGCGGAAGAACUGGAGGAAAGCGUGGUAUAGGGGCACGGAUUACAAAAAGUGGAGGGGGAUAAAGGGUUCUGUAUGAGGACAGUUUGAAUGAGAUGCUGAUUUAAGAAGGCCAAAGAGGUGAGGAGGGAUUAAAAAAGCAAAACUGUUUUAGAUGAAAAACUUUUCCAGUUCAGAAGAAGGGAGAAGAGCAAGUGACUCAAGUGUCACUUAUGCAGCUUCUUGAUUUGCCAUGUGAGGUGAGAGGAGAGAGUAUACCAAGAAGUGAGGUCAGGAUUUGUAAGAGGCUCUCCGAGGAACCUCGAAAGUGAUGGCAGAGAAAUGUGACCAAAAAAUAAAUUAAAAGAAAUCUUUAAAAAUUCAAGGUAACGGGGAAAGAAAGUACAAUCAUCACAGUGACAAAGAAAGGAAAAAAAUAUAUAAGUGAGAGGGAAAUGGGAGGAUGUAGAUUAAGGAAAAAAUGAGGGAAAACAUCAGUAAGGAAACAGAACAAAGGUUACAGCAGUGAAGGAGAUGUUGUGAACUGUGUGGAUCACACUAACAACCAUUCAGUUCUCCAGAGUCUCAGCUCCCACACCACCAUGAGGAUUUACACCGGAUCAAGAACACCACCACCACCACUGUUAAUACUGGAGAAAUACUUGUGACAGAUAUACAUCAGUGAAGAGCUCUGGAUGACACAGCCCCACUCUGUUGUUUUGGCUUUCACACAGACGGCCAUUUUGAAGCUCUUUUCUGAAUGUGACUUUUAUGUGUCCUCUGUGUCUGGACAAUGAUUUUGGCUCGCUGUGCCUGCGGAUUAUGGGAGUAUAAAUACAGAGCUGUGUGCAAUGGACAUGAUCAAUCGAUACAGGCUGGAAACAGCGAGGGGAGCGCAGACAUUAAAAGAAAGACACUGGAAUUACAAUGGAGUUGAUAUGGAUUACAAAAUGGAGGAGACGGGAGUGCACAGUGGAACGUGUAAGCGUGUGCAUUUGUAAAAGACGAGAUCGUAUUGGAUGUCAGAUGAUAAUGGACCAAACAGAUGAAUAAUGCUAAUGGAUGCGCAAGUGUGCAUG